GAUGUGAGGGAGAAAUCAAUACACCGCUCCGCCUGUCAGUUGCAGUUCCAUGAUCGGACGCAUGGUGUCAGUGUGCCGCGGUUUUAAUCAGAAUACGGCCUUCGAUCAGCUGAUUGGCGCUUCACGCGCUAGUUUUUGUGAACCGACCCCAGCGGCAACAUUUGAACAGAUUCAGUUCGAGGCUUUCUCUCUUUGCUCACUCCAACAUGGAUAUCGGAGUGACUCCGAGACGGCACAACCCUGUGGACAGCAUCUGCCGCAAGCUGCAGACUAUCCAGCGACGAGAUCAAGAGGUUAACUCGCCCUUUCAGAUCCCUAAGUUCCAGUCCAGCAGCUACGACAGCCCUCACUCGGGUCUGCGCCUCAACCUGGAGGCCAUCCUGAAGAAGCGUACCGUCCGAACUGACGGAGACUCUGACUGUGAUUCCUCAGCGAGCAUGCUGACCCCCACAGCUUCCCCGGGACCGGGGUCUGCCACCAACACCCCUCGUGCUCCCAUCACACCUGGCAAUGCUACCUAUACCAUUACCAGCACGCUGAGCACGUUAGGGGAGAGGAGAAAUACAGCAACGUACAGCCGGCCAUUUCGGCGUAACUGCUCCACCCCAGCAACCCAGACUGGGGACAAUUACUUUAACUUUACCCCACGCUACUCCACACAAACCCUGCUGGAGGGGCCCGAGACAGAGGUGAAGACCUCGAAAAUCCCAGCUCCUGGCUUGUUCUCGUAUAACUUGAACUUCUCCUCUGAUAUUUCUAACAUGGACAGUGAACUCACCUACCCGGCCCUCGUGGUUAAGAGACUUUCACUGGGCGAGGGAUCCCUGUUUCCCUCCGAGCCCAAGAAGGAGAGCAUGGCUGAGGUCAGUCUGAUUUGUGAGGAAGACCUGUUGGACACUAUUUUUCAGGCCUGUGACACACAGUGCAGAGGUAAAGUUUAUGUAUCACAUAUUGUGGACUUCUUGAGACACACCACUUGCCGCAGUUCAGAGGACAGUGGCCUAGAGGAACUCUGCAAUAUGCUGGACCCAGAGCACAAGGACAUUUCCAUAGACCUGGACACAUACCAUGCUAUCAUGAAAGAGUGGAUUGAUGAUUGCCGGAACCAGGGGAAGGACUCAAAGAAUGACCAACAGGAAUCAUUUAAACUAUGGGACAGUUUAUCGGCAAGAAGAUCUGCUCUUUUAAAUAUGACUUCAGGUAGUCUUGAAGCAUUCGGAGGGGAAGCCUCCAGAGCUGACCUGGAGACAUCAGAUCUAGUCUUCUGUGUGGCAGAUCUACAACUAAAUAACCAAAAGCUGCAGGAGGAGGUGCGUAAACUGAAGCAGGCGGUGGAAAGCAUGGAAGACACCAACCAGAGACUCAUUGAGGAAAAUGAAGACCUCAAAGCACAAGCUAGGAUAGGGCAGCAGUUAUUACAGAAGGAGAAGAUGCUUAAAGAGGAAGUUGAGGAGAUGAAGCUGAGUCUGACUUCUUCAGAAGAGUGUCGAGCUCAGGCCUCUGCUCAAAGAAGGCAGAUGGAACGGGAAAACCAGAGUCUUAUAUCCAAAAUCGCUGCUCUACAAGAGGAGAAUAUGAAAGUCACACUGGAGGCAGAAGACCUUCAGAAAAAGAUCAAUGACCUCUGUGACCUUAAUGCUGACCUUCAGGUCCAAGUUCAUUCAUUUGAUACCAUUCUGGCUGACAAGGAGUCGAUAAUUCAGGAGAAAAAUAAACAGAUAGAUGAACUGAAGGUGGCCAUUGUGGAGUAUUCCUCAGUUACAGAGCUGUUGAGAGCAGACAAGAACAAACUGGAGAGUCAAAUGCAGAUGAUGCAGCCUGAUAUGACAAUCCCAGGUCUCUCUCUCUCGGUGGCCUACAGACUAAAUCAGAUGAGUUCAGGUUCUCUUCAGACAGAGUUGGCUAUGGCACAGAAUCCCCUGGAGGGUUUGGAGCAUCUGUCCUCCUCGGUUUGUUUUGCAUCUUCUUUGGAUGAGACUCUAGAUCGGGAGGUUCUUCUUCUUCUCCAAGGCCCGACUCCAGAGCAGCUGUCUCUGGAAUUUAAAACUCUGAUCAGCAGACUGAAAAGGGAGUUUAAGGAAGAUGGCAUCACCUUUCUCACAGCAUUCAGAAGCCUAACAGAGAACAGUGAAACUCAGGAGAUCAACACCGACCUCAAGAUACAAGGCCUGGAGGUGCAGCUUGAGCAGAGAAGGAGUGACUGGACCCGCAGUCUGGAGCAGUUGGACCAGUACACAGACUCUCUGGAGAGAGAGCUUCUAAAGAUGGCUAGCAACAUGCGACGUUCUCGUACCGAGAUCCUGCACCUGUCUGUCAAGGUACAAGAGCAGGAGAAUCAAAAGCAGCAGUUGCGAGAGGAACUUGACCAACUAAAGGUUCCCCUGGACAUCAGAGAGGCCAGCAGCCAAACACCGGAUCACCUACAGCAGGUUGUGGAAGAGCUGGAUGGCCCCUGUCUUGAAUGGGAUGAGGAAUAUGUGUUGUCUGAGUCUCCACCUUUACAAGAGCUCGGGCCUGACCAGGAGAUGCUUCAGGAGCUCUGUUGUGAAGAAGAGGUACUACAGGCUCUGAAACAGGAGGAAGAGGAGGAGGUGAAACACAGAGAGACUGUGAGGGACAAGGAGAAGAUCACGGAAAGGACUGAGGGAGAAGGUGAAGCAAUGCAGGAUUCUGGAGUAGAGAACGAGGAGCUACAGAGAGACUCCAUCCUCUCUCAGACGCCUCUACCAGAUGACACCCCUGACGGAGAAUCACAAGGAACUCCGUUUGUGGGUGAAGAAGGAAUGCAAAGGCCUUGCACAGCCCUAAAGGAGGAAGACAGACUCCCAGAAUGCACUGGGCCUGAGGACGCCCACGAGCAGGCUGCUCCUCUGCUUCACACCCACAACCAGUGUGCUGAUGCAUCUUUGAGCUCUGAGACGCCCCGUGAACAGGUGAUCUCAGUCAAACACCUUAUUUCAUCUACUGAACCUUCCUCCCUUGAGAACACAGAGAUGGUAUCUCCCUCCACGGGCCAGCCUGAAGUUGGUGAUUCCAUUACAGGAAGGACCCAGCAGCCCACUGCCACAAACGGAGAAUCUGAGGGAGAACCUGUGGCCACCACAGCUUACAUGAGUGACUCGCAGAGACUGAGCGAGGGACAGCUUUCUAAAGUCUCUGCAAAAUCGGACAAGAGUCCUUUGUUGCCAGUAGCAGAGGAAGAAGAGGCCAUGCCAGAGGCGGCGGAGGCGAUAUCAUCUGGGGUGAACUCACCAGCCUCAGCUGACUCAUUGAAGGAUCCUUCUGAAAAAGCGAAGGACAUGACCUUUGACCCUGUUGUCAGUGAGGGUAAUCUUCCAACAGUCCCUGCUGCGCAAGGCUCCAAAAAAGACCCUAUGACUCUGAUGAACAAGCUUAAGAAAGAAAUGAGCAGUAUGGCAGCCAUUGAGGAGCAAAAAGCUCAGGAGGACGGGGAGCCUUCAGUGACCACAGAAAAAGAAGGUGGUACAUCUGUCAUCUCUGAAAAUGCCAGCGAUUCCACCAAAGAUGUCAAGAACAGCCUGUCGCCAAGUGACAAAGAGAUAGAGGCGGAGUUCCACCGGCUCUCUCUGGGCUUCAAAUGUGACAUAUUCACCCUGGAGAAGAGGCUACGCCUGGAGGAACGUUCGCGGGACCUGGCUGAGGAGAACGUCCGGAAGGAAGUGAACAGUUGUAAAGGUCUGCUGCAGGCCCUGAUUCCACGGUGUGAGGAAGAUAACCAGUCCAUGGAGAUCAUCCAUCGUCUGCAGAAGAACCUGGAAGUCCUCAUUCAAUCCAUGACCAGAGUAUCCAGCCGUUCAGAGAUGCUUGGGGCUGUUCAUCAGGAGACCAGAGUGGGUAAAACGGUGGAGGUGAUGAUUCAGCAUGUGGAGAACUUGAGGAGGAUGUAUACCAAGGAGCACGCAGAGCUGUUAGAGCUCAGAGAGAACCUCACACCAAAUGAAAGGUCCUUUGGGUCCCACACUGAGAGGGAUGAUUUCAGAAACAAGAAGCCAUCAACUGGAAACAUUUUCAAAAACACUAGCCGACGUAUCAGUAUAGCUACCAUUCCCCGCAGCAUUGGAGGACAGACCCAUUUUGACAUGCCCAAAGACAUGGCAGAAACUGAGGUAGAGAGACUCUCCCGUCGGUCACCAUGGAACAUGGCAACCAAGAGGCCACCCCUAAAGCGCUUCAUUAGCUCUGGUACUUGGGCCGACAAUGAUGAGCCCACUCUGAUGAAUAGUCCCAGCCCCAGCCCAACAGAUCACGCUCCACCCAGUCUGACUGAUGGGAGGCCUGCAGUUUCCAGAGGCACCAGGGGCAUUUGGAUUUGGCUGGCCUUGCUUGUGGUUCUAGUUGUUCUACUGGCCCUGCUGGCGAGCCUGAUGUUACAGCCUGCAGUAGAUGCAGCACCUGUGGGCACCGGGGACUCCUGGAUGACCAUCCAGCAGCUUCUGUGGCCCUAUACUGGGCUGAGGCACAACGGCCAGCCCCCUGUGUGACACCAGGGGGUCGGCAAGGCUGCAGUGGCUGGUUCUGACUUUCAGAAAAAACUCUGGCUGCAAGAGCUGUGAUGCAACACUACUGCCUGUCCUUCUAACAGAACACUUUGUGACCAUUUCUUACUGAAGGUAAAAAGUUGUGCUGAAAACUGUAGACUGCUUGAAUGCCGUGUAUACAAACCGUCAGGUUGGCGACAUAUGUAAUAAGCACUUUUAGGAGUCAGUGCCAGCCAAUCACACGGUGGAUAUUUGGAUUGGAGUGGGAUGAGCACACUGCAAUUGUGUGAAUGUCAAACAUCAUAUAUUGUUUGCCCGAAAAGGCUGCCGUUUUUAAACAUUUUGAAAUUGAUCAGUGUGUUUUUAUGGGCAGUUUGAAAGUGUAUUGAGAUGAGACCUUUUUAAAAAAAUGUUUUUUCUUUUUGUUAACUUAUUUGACAGUUUUAUGCAGUAGAUGUUUUUUAUAUUAUUAAUUGUUUCAAACACAUGGUUUUUAUCCUCAUGAAGCUAUAGCUUUGGUGUUCAUUGUAAGAAGUUCAUACACUUUUGUAUGUUCCAAAGAGGGGGGAGAGAAACUUUGCACAAUAAAAGAAACUGAUCCAA